GGUAGGCAAGCGACUUAGUGGUGUUGGUGUUGAGAAUACCGAGGAAAACCGUCGUGAUUACAGGGAACUGCUGUUUACUGCACCUGAUGACAUCAGCAAGUAUAUUUCUGGUGUAUUACUUUUCCACGAAACCGUCUACCAAAAGGAUCAAAUGGAACACCGAUGAUGGAUCUUUUGAAAAGAAGAAAUUGAUCCCUGGGAUUAAAGUUGAUAAGGGGGUUGUACCACUCAUGGGAUCCGAAGGAGAAUGCACAACACAGGGUUUAGAUGAUUUGUCUCAGCGUUGUGCACAGUACAAGAAGGAUGGAUGCCAGUUUGCCAAGUGGCGUUGCGUACUUAAGAUAGGUCGCAACACGCCAAGUUAUCAAGCAAUGAUUGAGAACGCGAAUGUGCUCGCGAGGUAUGCAUCAAUUUGUCAAAUGAAUGGGCUUGUUCCUAUUGUGGAGCCGGAAGUUCUUCCAGAUGGCGACCACGAUUUAGAACGAUCGCAGAAGGUCACAGAAACUGUCCUUGCUUUCGUCUACAAAGCUCUGAGUGACCACCAUGUCUAUCUGGAGGGCACGCUGCUCAAGCCAAACAUGGUUACAGCUGGUCAGUCAUGCAGCAAGAAGCCGAGGGCAGAAGAGCAAGCUGAGGCUACCGUCACAGCUCUGAUGCGUUGCGUUCCUCCAGCGGUCCCUGGCGUCACCUUCCUUUCCGGUGGCAUGACAGAAGAGGAUGCAUCUGUAAUGUUGUGUGAAGUUAACAAGUUUCCUGGCAAGAAACCAUGGAACCUUACCUUCAGCUUCGGCCGAGCCCUGCAGGCUUCGGUGCUAAAAGCAUGGUCAGGGAAAAAAGAGAAUACAGAGGCGGCUCAAACCGAACUGAUGAACAGAGCCAAAGCCAACAGUGAAGCAUCACUCGGAAAGUACGAGGCAGGCACUUGCAAAGGAGCGGCAGCUCAGGCUGACCAAUUCGUCAAAAACCAUGCGUAUUAACGCGCUGAUUGUGAUGUGAAAUGUAAAGUGCAUUCUGGAGAUCGAUGGCAACAAGAGAAUAUACAAGCUCAGCAACGAUUACCGCACUUGCACAUUCACAUGCUGCUGAUGUCUGUGACGUUCACACGGCUCACUGUGACUUAAGAUGAUCUUUAAAGCCGUCUUAGUUGUCGUCUGAUUGGGCUGUUUCACCGCCUCCCGCAGGGGAUCGCGGGAAACCCGCCUCCCUUUGGUUGGGAGGCGGGUUUCCCGGGAAGGCGAGCGGUGAUCUCGAUUCUUUCGUUUCACCAUAGAUAGCCCCCCGCCGAAAGUAAAAAUCCGGCGUGAUGCGUAAUCAUGGAGCUCCAGGCCCGGCCCUGAAGAAAAUCCUGGCUGCGCCCUUGGGUUUGGCCUUUUCGGUGAUUCAGCACACGAUGUGCUGAAGUCAAUAUACAGAAACGAUCCA